AUGCUCCACCCCCUCCCUCACCAACGCCCGCCUUGUUUGCAGUCACCCUCACUCCUUCCAAUCGUCCGCCCUCGCCCUUGUCUUGUCCUCGCUCUUGUCAUCGUCCACCCGCCUCCACCCCAGUCUUCUCCUCUCGCCGAGAUGCCCGAAGCAGCGCCUCCGUCGACUGCCGUCGAGUUUGCCACCCUCCCGCGCCGCGUCACAUUCGUGGCAGGGGAUGACCUCCUCCACCGUCUGCCCCGCGCUCCGCCGGAGCCGCAUGGCCUGCGGGCCAAGAUACAGCUGCUGGAGGAGAAGCGCGCGAAGAGGCGGACCUGGCGGCGCGGCGGGGAUCGCGUGCACGGGCAGCGUAGCACGGUGGCCACGCGGACGCGUGCGGCAGUGAUGGUGGUGCUGAUGGUCUUGAUGGCGGCGAUGCUGUAUAUGCUUGCGCGCGGAGUAUCUCACAGGAUGGAGUACUGGGACGUGGUGGACCACUUGCGCGCCGAACGAUGCCGAUCACUGCCCGCCUAUCGCAGCGUGCCAAGCGACACCAUGCUGCCCACCGCAGUCCCCGACGAGCCUACGGUCCUCGCCGCCUUCGACACCAUCAUCUCCGACUCGCCCGCUCUGCGCGCAUACCUCUCCAUAUCCUCCACCCUCGGCCAUGAUCUGCGCGUCGAACUCGCCUUCAUCGACACCCAGCUCGCCGCUGCGGCCACGACCACUGCCAUCACCAAUCUCAAGAGCACCAACGCCCCCCAUCCUCCCAUCCCGGCAGCAUGGACCACAGCGCUAUAUUUGCAGGUCCUGCGCUGGGAACGCACUCUGCUGAACCUCCUCCGCUCCGCUCCAUCGCUUCUUUACAGCAACUCCGACGCACCGUCUUCUUCCCACGCCGAUCCCGCCCUUGACCUGGCGCUUGCGAAAGCCGAAGCAUACCACUCGAGCCGCCGAUUGCAUUUUCAGACGCUCGAGACCACGCUCGGCCCAGUAGACUUCGCCUUCCUUCGCGCGAGUAAAUUGUGGGAGAUGCUACGCAUCGCCGUCGAGAGUUCCCACUUCCAAGCUCAGUGGCAGCAGCAGACACCAAAUGCCACCGAAGGAGCAGACUUGGGAGUGCUGCUUUUGCGGCAGCUGCAGACGAGAGCUAUGGACCAAGUCUGGGCGCAGGUCAGGUCGUGGAAAGAGUUGGCAGACCAAUCCGCGGGACAACAACGUUGCGACAAACCCGCUCAUGGAGCUGCGUGCAAGUCAGAAACGACCAGCUUUGCAUGGACGGCAGAGAAGGAAGCGCGAUGUUGGGUGAGAAUCUACAGGAGUCUCGGACCUUCGUGAGCUGAGAGAAAGAGGACUGCAUGGACGGUACGGUGGCACCAUGUUCCGCGCAGAAGGGAAUUGGCGGGCGACAUGCGAAUUUGGACAUGCGCGGGAUCCGUCAUGGCAGGUAAUAGCGGAGAAGAGAAGAACAUUCGAUAUGGCUUAGAAGAAGGAGAGGGAAGCGCAAAGAGUGCAGCUAUAAGGCGAGGAUGGACCGACUUCAGAUAAGUCUCAUGUUCGCUCGCAGGCAUUUCAACCAAUGAUGUAAAUGAAGAUCCGAUAUACCCCUUCAUUAACGGCUGGGGCAGACACGGCGCCGCGGAGCCACCCAACGUCACGUCCUUCUCAUAUUGCCUCGCGCCUCCCGAUCACCGCUUUCCCUGCCUCGAUACGCCGACCCGAGCUCAUCUGGCCAUCUUAGACAUUUCGAGGCUCCCCAUCCUCCCCAUCUUUCAGCCAUGCGAAUCGCCCGCAUCUGAUACACAACGUUGGCAGCUGCCUUCCACACGCAGCCCGGUCACUAGCACACCAUCGCAACGCCGGCAUCAGAUACCUGUCGCAUCCCCGACCUACUGGCUUUUCAGAUUUGAUCUUCACUGACGUGGUCUUGCAGAGUGUGCAGUCGGCUGCCAUAGAGCCAGACUUUGCAGUGUGUCAAUGUUUCGGGCAGGAAACCGCUGCGCGUCACACGUUGCGUGCGGGACCAGUCUCAUGUCUGCACUGCGUGUGCAGGCACGCUCCAGCAGUUCUGUAACGAUCGCGCAGAGAAUGACCCCAAGUCGUACAAUAAAGAAGGAAUCAGGGAACGGCCAAGGCAAUGGAGAUGCCGGGAAGUUGGACACGAAGAAUGGACAAUUAACAACAAAGACCUUCGCAUGAAGAAGUGAUUCAAGGGUAAGAGCUACGCUUUGUCGUUGAGCGAGAGUGCUAUCAAAGAUGCGACACCAUGUGUUUGUCGCCCAUAGUGCCUGCACUCAGCUACGCUUCGACGAAUCUUCCAGUACCAGCAUGUGCAGCUACAGAUGUCCUAAACCUGACGGACGCCAUCAAUCGCUUAGGUCGAGGACUAAGCAUGACAACACGCCUUCGCCAUCCGUCAUCGCCACGUACAGCAACGAUCCGCGGACCCCUAGAGCAGCCGGCACUCUGACAGCUUAAUUCACGUGCAAGACGAGCGCGAGCACGACUCGUUAUUCGAAGGCCUGUCUUCGAGCCCCUCAACCUCAACGAGUGUUGCGACAACAACGUUCUGCUCCGCAUACUUCGGUAAUAUAAUGCUGGCAGCUGCCUUCCACAUGCAUUCUAGCUACUAGCCCACCAUCGCAAUACCAUCACCCG